GUGGUCCAAAAAUGUCUUGGAAAUUUAGCCAAACUUUUAAAUUUAAGCUCCAAGAAUUAACAACGGGGGCAACGGAAGACCGCCAUGGACAUCGCACCAAGCGUAGCUAUCCACGAUUCAAUCCCUCACCAUCCUCUCUCCGUCGAUACCGCUCUUUCUUUCCCCGUCAUGUCUCAUCGCGUCAUCGACGUGUGUAAGAAACUGUUCAGGAAAUGGGAGAAGUUGGACGAUUCUCGUUUCUCCGUCGAGACUGUAUCAGGCGGCAUAACGAAUCUUCUGCUAAAGGUUUCUGUGAAGGAAGGAAAUGGAGAUAAUGUGGCUGUAACAGUUAGAUUAUAUGGACCUAAUACUGAAUAUGUCAUCGAUCGGAAACGUGAGUUGCAGGCAAUCAAAUACCUCUCGGCUGCAGGAUUUGGUGCUAAAUUGCUUGGAGUUUUUGGAAAUGGCAUGGUGCAGUCUUUUAUAAAUGCACGUACCUUAAACCCAGCAGACAUGAAAAAGCCUAAGCUGGCUGCUGAAAUUGCUAAGCAACUUCGUAGAUUCCAUCAUGUGGAAAUUCCUGGUUCUAAAGAGCCUCAACUAUGGGUUGACAUCUUCAAGUUCUUUGAGAAAGCAUCUUCUCUCCGGUUUGAAGCUCCCGAUAUGCAGAGGAGAUAUGAGACAAUUUCAUUUAAGGAAGUGCACGAGGAAGUUACACAGCUGAAGGAAUUAACAGAUCGACUUAAUGCUCCGGUGGUGUUUUCUCACAAUGAUUUACUUUCUGGAAAUUUGAUGCUUGAUGAUGAACAUGAUAACCUCUACUUCAUAGAUUUCGAGUACGGUUCAUACAGUUACAGAGGCUAUGACAUCGGAAAUCACUUCAAUGAAUAUGCAGGCUAUGAAUGUGAUUAUAGUUUGUAUCCUAGUAAAGAUGAGCAGUUCCAUUUUUUCAGGCAUUAUUUAAAACCUGAAAAACCGUAUGAGGUACCGGAAAAAGAUCUUAAAGCUCUGUAUAUCGAGACAAACACGUUCAUGUUAGCUUCGCACUUGUAUUGGGCUUUAUGGGCCCUAAUUCAGGCAAAGAUGUCUGCCAUAGAUUUUGAUUAUCUGGGUUAUUUCUUCUUGCGGUAUAAUCAAUACAAGAAAGAGGAGCAGAUGUGCUUGCACAAUCUCACUUAUCAGUCUAAAAAAGCAUAAGAUUGUAUAGUGUCAUGCCCAAAUAGCAAAAUCAUGUAUGCAAUGGACUUGAAAGAGCACUUUGUUUACCUUUUUUUUUUUUUUUUUUGUAAAAUAUUGUUUUUGCAUCCCAUUUUUGAGAGACACAGUUGAUAAACAAGAUUGAAAGAAAA